AAAUCGUCUUCCCAUCCCGGUUUGUAACCUGCGAGAUGAAAACAGAGUGCACGUGUAUAUUUUCUCAAAUUUAAGCUUAUCAAAGAAAAUGGUCAAAAUUAAAAACAAAGAAAGAAAAAAUAAGAAGCAGAUAACAUCGGAGGAAAAAAAGACUGAAGAAAAUGUAGUAAUUUUACCUCCGGUUAGAAACUCAGAUGAUCCUAUUCCCAAACAGGUUAAAUGGAUAAACAGACAGAGAGUUUUGGUGUUCGCUGCUCGUGGCAUCAACCACCGACAUCGUCAUCUAAUGGAGGACAUCAAGAAACUAAUGCCCCACCAUAAAUCUGAAUCGAAAAUGGAAAGAAGCAAGAAUUUGUAUGUGGUGAAUGAAAUCAGCGAGAUGAAAAAUUGCAACAAAUGCAUUCUUUUUGAGGGCAGAAAAAUGAGGGACCUGUAUCUUUGGAUGGCCAAUAUUCCAAAUGGGCCUAGUGUAAAAUUUUUAGUCGAAAACAUUUAUACAAUGGGAGAGUUGAAAAUGACCGGGAACUGUUUGAGAGGGUCAAGACCCCUGUUAUCCUUUGACCCGCAAUUCACUAAAGACCCACAUUAUGUUUUGCUCAAGGAAUUACUUACACAGAUAUUUGGAGUCCCUUACCACCAUCCUAAAAGUCAGCCAUUCUUUGAUCAUGUCUACACUUUCAUGAUACUGGAUAAUAGGAUAUGGUUCCGGAAUUACCAAAUCCUUUCUGAGGAUGGAGCAUUAGCUGAAAUUGGACCUAGAUUUGUGCUAAAUCCGGUUAAAAUAUUUUCGGGAUCAUUUGGAGGAACAACAUUGUGGGAAAAUUCAAAAUACAUCAGUCCAGCAAAACUUCGACAAGCCUUCUCUAAGAGAGCAUCAAACAAAUAUGAGAGAAGAGUGGAAAAGAAGGCAGUGUAUGAAGCUACUAAGCCUGAGACUGGAUAUCCAGACAUAGAGGGGGCAGACUUCUUUAAAGGAGAUCCUUUGGAGAAAGCUGAAGAAGUUCUAAUAAAAGAAGAAAUCAAAGAAGAACCAAUGGAAGAAGAUGAAGAAAACGAAAUUCCAGCAAAGAAACCAGUCUUUACAAUGAAAAAAUCUAAAAGCAGGCCUGAUAUGGCCAUUCGCCGGAAACAGCUUAAAGCGAAGAGCAAAGCUAUCUCAGACCAAAUCAAGAAGAGAAAACAGCUUAAAAAGAAGAACACAUAGUUUUUUGUAAAAUACCAUUAAAUAAAACCAUUUUUUCACUCAAAAGAAA